UCUAAUCGCCCGGGCAGACAGCUAGCUAGUAGUACAGUAGGAGCAGCGCAGUACCUAACACAGACUUCCGGGGUUUUGUUUCCUUAUCGAGACUGCCCAUGGCCUCGUCAGCAGUGGACGUCGAGAGCGGUAGCGCCCGCCGAUCGGGAUCGGGCUCCGUCAAGGAGGAGCCCGGACCGGUCGCCGAGAAGGGCACGCCAGUCGGAGGUGGCUCGCCCGAGAGUGCUUCCGUCCUCAGUGCUCCCGGUGAUCACACCCACCGCACCCUCAAGUCGCGUCACAUCCAACUGAUCGGCAUUGGCGGAACCAUUGGCACCGCCCUGUACGUCCAGAUCGGCAGAGGGCUGAUGAAUGGGGGGCCCGCUAGCCUGUUCAUGGCGUUUACCCUAUGGUGCUCCGUUAUCCUCGCCGUGACGCUCUGCAUGGCCGAGAUGGUGACCUACCUUCCCAUCUCAUCCCCCUUUAUCCGCUUUGCCGGCCGCUACGUCGACGAGGCCUUUGGCUUCGCUGCCGGCUGGAAUUUCUUCGUCUUCGAGGCCGCCAUGGUGCCGUUCGAGAUCACCGCCUGCAACGUCAUCAUCCACUACUGGAGUGACAUUGUGCCCCCCGGCGGCGUCAUUGCCAUCAUCAUCGUUCUCUACGGCCUCAUCAACGUCCUCGCCGUCAAGUGGUACGGCGAAGUCGAGUUCUGGGCCGCCCUGGGCAAGAUGCUCCUCAUCGUCGGCCUCCUCAUCUUCACCUUCAUCGUCAUGCUAGGCGGCAACCCGCUCCACGACCGCUUCGGCUUCCGCUUCUGGCGCGAGCCGGGCGCCUUCGCCGAGCUCUACCACACCGGCGCCCUCGGCCGCUUCAUGGGCUUCCUGCAGUGUCUCAUCUCGGCCUCCUUCACCAUCGCGGGGCCCGACUACGUCUCGAUGGCCGCCGGCGAGUGCGAGAACCCGCGCCGCGUCAUGCCGCGCGCCUUCAACGCCGUCUUCUACCGCCUGACCGCCUUCUUCGUCCUGGGCUCGCUCGCCGUCGGCAUCCUGGUGCCGUACGACGACGAGGAGAUGCGGCGCGCCUUCGAGAGCGGCGCCCCCGGCGCCGCCGCCUCCCCCUACGUCGUCGCCAUGAACCGCCUCCAGAUCCGCACCCUGCCGGACAUCGUCAACGCCAUGGUGCUCACCGCCGCCUUCUCCGCCGGCAACAGCUACGUCUACUGCGCCUCCCGCUCCCUCUACGGCAUGGCCCUCGAGGGCAAGGCGCCCCGCCUCUUCCUCCGCUGCACCCCCGCCGGCGUGCCCGUCUACGCCGUCGCCCUCGUCCUGCUCAUCGCCCUGCUCGCCUUCCUGCAGGUGUCCAACGACGCCGCCGUCGUGCUGCAGUGGUUCGUCAACCUCGUCACCGCCAGCCAGCUCAUCAACUUCAGCGUCAUGAGCCUCACCUACCUGCGCUUCCACGCCGCCCUCAAGGCCCAGGCCGUCGACCGCCGCUCCCUCCCCUACCGCGCCAUGCUGCAGCCCUACGCCGCCUGGUACGCGCUGUCCGGCACCUUCGUCAUGACCUUUGUGGGCGGCUACAUGGUCUUCUUGCCGGGGAACUGGGAUGUUCCCACCUUCUUGUUCUCGUACACCAUGAUCGCCGUUUGCCCCAUCUUGUACAUUGGUUGGAAGCUCUACCACAAGACCAGGAUAUUCAGCGCCGAGGAAAUUGAUCUGAAGAAGAACCUGGACGAGAUCGACGCGUACGAGCGGAGCUAUGUGCCGAGUAAGCCUAGCAAUUUCUUUGACAGGCUGCUGGACUGGGUGUUUGGGUAGACAGAAUAAACCCCCCC